UCUUUUGCCGCAUCACUCCUCUCUACUCCCCCAACCCCACCUCCCUUUUUUUUUUUUAAAAAAAACUCUAUAAAUAAAUUCAUCAUCCGGCGGAGCUUUGAUAACUGAUCGUCCUGUAAUCAUUCACCUUCUCCCCUUCUCUCUCUCCCUUCUCUCUCUCUACAUCGCAAUCGAUUCUUACUUGUGUAAUUCUGUGUGUGGAUCCAAUCGAGACAUGGUGGAAACGAGACGAAGCUCCUCUUCCUCCAAACGCCCUCUCUCUUCUCCCUCAUCAUCUCCUCUCCCUAAUGGCAAACGCUCCAAGGCGGCGGAGGCGCUAUCAUCAACUAAUGAUACCCUAGGGGAAAAAACACAGGGUGCGGUGAAUGAAUCUGCUGAGCAAGAGGUUCGAUCGGCUGAUCUGGCUGCUACUGCUACUGUUUUGAAGUCGUCUGAUGCUUCUCUGCCACUGAAAUCGCCGGAAAAUCAAGUGGAAGGCGAGCCUUUGGUGUCACCCAUGACUCUAGGUCAUUCUGUGAUUGACGCUGCGGAGAAGGCGAAGUUAAAUGGGUCUAAGGCGAAGAAACGGCAGCUGAAAUCUAAUGUUGUUGGGGCUGCAUGGGCACAACUUAUUUCCCAGUGCUCUCAAGUAGGUUCCUCCUUGAUCUUAAUCUUUGAAAAUUUGGAAAAUAUGUAACUUUUGAUCAAAAUU